UUUGCUUUUGUUUUCACAUCGCCAACGAAACGGCAACGCGUGCGGGGCGCCGCAAUGGACGAUGGUGGCCAUGUGCAAGCCAUGCGAGAGGGAUUCCACAUCAAUUGGAUGAACAUGCGCGACGCAUCCACGGGGCAAGUCAUGUGGGAGAGCGGCGAAUGGGAUUGCGACCAAGAGGAGAUGGAGGCGCAAAUUCCGUGCGAGAUCCUGAGAUGCAGACAGGUGUCACGGGAGCUGAACUUCUCCUCCGUGGAGGUGAUAACGAGCCUAAGACUCGUCCAGUCUGUGAUUUUCAAGGGCGAGCUUUUGGAGGAAUGGAACUUCCACUUCGGCUUCGUCAUUCCGAAUUCGACCAACACCUGGCAGCAGACCAUUGAGGCGGCGGAAGAAGAGGAGAUGCUGCCUGCUGAGCUGCUGUCAGGCAAUGUGGUCAUAGAGACGACCUUCUUUGAUGGGGAGUAUCCCAUCAUGACUCAGCGUGUGCGGAUUUGGUACCUGUGAAUUGGCCCGGGAUGGCAACCAUCUCGGUCGGCAAACCGAAGCCAGCGGCUUUCCAGACGAAGACGUGUUUUUUUCUCCUUUCUGCCC